AUGUACAGAAGAAGAGGCUAUAAGAAAGAUAUCAACCAUAGUGAAGAGGCCAAGGACAGUGGAGAAGGAAGAAGAGGAAGAAGAGGAGGUAGAGGUAGAGGAGGCAGAGGAGGAAAUAAGAGAGGAAGACUUACUCAUUUUGUAGCAAUACCUGUAGAGGAUGAGACUGUGGUCACUAAUCUUGUCCAGCUUCAGGAUAAGUUGUUGGAGGAAUAUGCUGAUGUGCUGUAUCCUGGCUGGAAGAUGCCACCUGGCAGGCUUCAUUUUACACUGUUUGUCAUGUCACUUAUUGAAGAAGAAAAGAUUGCUGAAGCAAUGGAAACUCUGAACCAACUCCAACCCAAGCUCAAAGAAAUGAUUGAGGAGACAAAAUUUGAAUUAGAUCUCGAUGGCAUCAGUGCCUUCACAGGGAAAGAUGGAGGUUCUACUCGAGUCUUAUUUGCUAAACUAAAGAAAGAUGAAAACUUAACACUUCUUGAGAAAAUAGCCGACACUAUCAUUAAAGGAUUCAUCGAAGAUGGUGUCCUUAAAGAGUCAGACUUAGACUUCCAAAAGUUAAAUGCAGAUACUGGAAUGUAUGAACUCAAUUUCCAUCUGACUUUAUUCAAUGUCAAGUACGAAAAGGUUAAAGAUGUAUAUUUCUUCAAUGCUGCAGAUAUACUUGAAAACCAUAAGGAUGAUGGAUGUGGAACAUUUACUCCUAAUAAAGUGACAAUGUUCAAGAUGAAGACCAGAGAUGGAUGCUAUGAGAUUGAACACGAUAUUGAAAUCUAA